CAGUUGCUUUCUGUCCUCUGUCGCGCCUCACCGCUUGAGCGGUGUUUGCUCCAGUGAGACAUAAACCUGAUGGGUCACCCAUUGGACACCCCCACUUAGUUGUCGGAUUCUGGUUCCAUCUCUAAAGGGAGGAGGAUUUGUUUCCAGUCUGAUCGCUUAGGGAGCCAUGUCCGUCCCAAGUGGCAAAGUGCAGACCGUUUUGGGCCCCGUGGACCCAAGCCAGCUUGGCCGCACCCUGACCCACGAACACUUGACGAUGACUUUCGACUGUAGCUACCAUCCGCCGCCCCCGGGCCGAGAGGCGUUAUCUGUGUUGCCCAUGGAAAUGAGGAACUUGUUUUGGAUUCAGAAGAACCCUUACUCCCACCGAGAGAACCUUCAGUUGCAUCAGGAGGCGGACGCCGUCCGGGAAGAGCUGCUACAUUACAAAGCCAUGGGCGGCGGCGCUUUGGUGGAAAAUACGACCUCGGGCAUCGGCCGAGACGUGAAGAGGCUGAAGUGGUUUGCCGAGGAGACUGGGGUCCACAUCGUCUCCGGGGCGGGCUUCUACGUGGACGCCACUCAUUCUCCGGAAACCCGCGCGAUGUCGGUAGAACAGCUGACCCGCGUCCUCACUGAAGAGAUACUGCACGGAGCCGACGGAACGGAUAUCAAGUGCGGUGUCAUCGGAGAAAUCGGCUGCUCCUGGCCUCUGAGCGACAGUGAGAACAGAGUUCUUCAGGCCACUGCCCAUGCUCAGUCUCAGCUUGGAUGUCCCGUUAUUAUCCAUCCCGGAAGAGACCAGAGGGCCCCCUUUCAGAUUAUCCGAAUCCUGCAGGAAGCGGGGGCAGAUAUCUCCAAAACAGUCAUGUCUCACCUUGACAGGACUCUUCUCGAUAAAAAGAAACUGUUGGAAUUCGCUCAGCUUGGAUGUUACUUAGAGUAUGACCUUUUUGGAACAGACCUGCUUCAUUACCAAUUCAACCCAGAGGUUGACAUGCCAGAUGACAACAAAAGGAUCAGAAGGGUUCGGCUGCUGAUAGACGCGGGCCACGAGGACCAAAUCCUGAUGGCGCAGGACAUACAUACGAAGCACCGACUGAUGAAAUACGGAGGUCACGGCUACUCCCACAUCCUCACCAACGUGGUUCCGAAAAUGCUGAUCCGAGGAAUAACGGAGAACACGCUGGCUAAGAUACUGGUAGAGAACCCUAAACGGUGGCUGACUUUCAAGUAGGAGGAGUGUGGAGGAAUUCCCUGCCGGUUUGGGAAGCUUGCAGGGAACGUUCUUAUUUGGUUUAAUAUAGCGGUCAUUUCCCACCGAGCUAAUUAUGAUGAAAGCUGCGGGUUGUCAAUGAGGACCCCACAGGGCCGAUACUCGCCCUUUAUAUUAGAAUAAUGGAAGUUAACAUCACUCCAACCCGACCCUGGAGUGAGUUAUUGACUUUAAUUUAAUACCACUGAUUUUCCUUUCCAAAUCCUGAAGUAGCUGUUUACAGGCAACGAUUUUAAUCCAAGAGUGAUAAACUAGACGGGGUCUUUUGAAGAUCCAUCAACCGCGCUACUUGAGAAAAUUUAAAGUGUUGCCAGUUAAAUUGCCCCCCUCUGGAGCAACUUGAUGUUUCCCGUAAUAUUGAUGGCCCUGUUAAUUAUCCUGCUGUUCCUUAAUUAAUGCUCAAUAAUGAAUAGGCUACCUUGAUACGGCUUACUCAGAAGGGAGUCUAGGGCCUGAAUUUCAGAUCCAAAGCAUUUCUUCAGAAAUGCGCAAUAACCAGGUUAUCGACUUUAUCGGUAAUGGAAAAACUGCUUUAAAGGGAAACGGGAAAUGCAGACAAAAAUGUUCCUUUAUAAUGAAAAAAAUCUUUUGGGGGUUUCACAGGUCAGUUUUGGGCUCGUUCUUAGCUCUGGAAUUUGUAGAGGAAUGUAUGAAUAACAGGCAUGUUAGCUCUGCUUUAUCAAAGGUAAUCAUAAAAGUCAAUACAGUGUUACAUGAGAGAGUUUAAUGAAUUGUUACAAGUCUAACAAAGGCCACCAUUUAAUGUCUGUCAAGAAUUGAUGCAAAGAAAGAGAGCGAGCAAUGUUUGCCUCGUAAAUAUUUCCCAUUUGGUUUUCUUUCCCUUUUAUUUGUAUUUUCCUCUAGGCGUAAGCAAGCUCAUAUUCCGAAGAAAAGGUUAUGUCUGUUAGAGAUGACAGUCUGAGUUUGAGAGCUUACUCUUUAAGAUGUUGAAAGCCUGGGUUUCUCCGUGGUAACAGCGACCUUCUUUUCACACUCGAGUUGAGAUCCAGUCUUACCUAAAAAUGAUUCCUUUGCAGUAAAUAUGAAUAGCAAUAAAAACGUUUGCAAGAGAA